CCUCCCACUACAUUUCCCCAAACAAACCCGGGAGCCAGCGAGCGAGAAGACUACACUUCCCACAAGGCCUUGAGGAGCGAAAGGGAAGUGGGACGCGAUUGGGCCACCCCUCCACCAUUCCCCGCCUCCCGCUCCCUGUGUGACAAGGACCGCCGAAGCCGUGGGACCUUCUGAUCCUGGCCGGGAUUCAAGUUCAUUCACUCCACAUAAGAAGAUCAGACAAACCUUUCAGCUAUUUAAACUCACAGAAAAAUAAUUUGAUAUUAUCCAGAAGAGAGAGACUUUGAAUAUUCUUGAGUGGAUUUGAUCUUCACAAUUUGAUAGAUGCUGGGCAGUGCUAUGCAUUGGAUGAAAAGCAGGCCCCAAAAGAAAGCAACCUUUCUAGUAACCAAGAAUGUAAAGCUGAAUAAAGAAGUGUUUACAAUGUUUAACAUAUUUUGUUCUCAUGCCUUCUGGAAUUUGAAUUCACAUUGGGUUGCACGGUCCUGUAGUAUACUAUGGAUAAGAGCUGCUUUUCAUUAAUUAGUGCCACCAUUAUAUCUGGCAUGCCAAACGCAUAGGACAGAAAGUGAGAAAUGAUUUCUGGGUGCUUCCACGCAGUCGCUACUAGAAAUUGGACAAUGACAGCAACGCGAUUUGUUGGCUUUUGGAUGUUCAUGUCACUACUUUGCUGCCAGAUGACUGCCCCAGCAGAACAGGAGGAUAUAGUAAAACAUGCAAUAAAACUGCAUCGUGGAAAAGGAGCUGCUAUAACUCAAAGGAAACAGUGGCUAGUGGAAAACUGUAGAAAGCUGUCUGGACUCUUGCGUCAAAAGAAUGUGGUCCUCAAUAAAUUAAAAAGUGCAAUAAGAGCAGUGGAAAAGGACCCAGGGCUAUCAGUCGAAGAAAGGACAUUUCAGGUCCACACGUUUGAAAUUUUCCAAAAAGAGCUCAAUGAAAGUGAAAACUCUGUAUUUCAAGCUAUCCAUGGACUCCAGCGGGCCUUACAAGGGGAUUACAAAGAUGUUGUGAACAUGAAGGAGAGCAGUCGGCAGCGGCUGGAAGCCUUGAGAGAAGCAGCAAUAAAGGAAGAAACGGAAUAUGUUGAACUUCUAGCAGCAGAGAAGCACCAAGCUGAAGCCCUGAAAAACAUGCAGCAUCAAAAUAAGAGUCUAUCUAUCCUUGAUGAGAUUCUUGAAGAUGUACGGAAAGCAGCUGAUCGACUAGAAGAAGAAAUAGGAGAGCAUGCCUUUGAUGACAACAAAUCGGUGAGAGGAGUCAAUUUCGAAGCUGUUUUGAGAGUGGAAGAGGAUGAAGCAGAUACAAAAAGGAAUGUUUCAAAAAGGAAAGUGGAGGAUGAUUUGGGCUUAAGCAUGCUUAUUGAUUCGCAAAACAAUCAGUACAUACUUACUAAGCCUAGAGACUCAACCAUUCCACGUGCUGACCACCAUUUUAUAAAGGAUAUUGUGACCAUAGGAAUGCUAUCCUUGCCUUGUGGCUGGCUGUGCACAACAAUAGGAUUACCAACUAUGUUUGGAUACAUUAUUUGUGGAGUGCUUUUGGGACCAUCAGGAUUAAACAGUAUCAAGUCAAUUGUCCAGGUAGAGACAUUGGGAGAAUUUGGCGUAUUCUUCACAUUGUUCUUGGUGGGUUUGGAAUUUUCUCCUGAACGGCUAAGAAAGGUGUGGAAGAUAUCACUGCAAGGCCCCUGUUACAUGACACUUCUGAUGAUUGCCUUUGGCUUAUUGUGGGGGCACUUUCUACAAAUUAGAGCCACACAGAGUGUGUUCAUUGCUACUUGUUUAUCAUUGUCAAGCACACCAUUGGUAUCCAGAUUCCUUGCAGGGAGCUCUCGGGGAGAUAAAGAAGGAGACAUAGAUUACAGCAGUGUUCUGCUAGCAAUGUUGGUGAUGCAGGAUGUUCAGCUUGGCUUGUUUAUAGCAGUCAUGCCAACUCUUAUCCAAGCUGGAGUUGGCACACAUGCCAGCAUUAUCAAGGAAAUACUAAGAAUAUUGUUGCUGAUCGGACAAAUUCUGUUUUCUUUGGCUGCUGCUCUGCUCAUAUGUCUUGUUUUAAAGACUUACCUAAUAGGACCGUACUACCGCAAGUUACAUAUGGAAAGCAAAGGAAAUAAAGAAAUUCUAGUUCUAGGAAUAUCUGCUUUUAUGUUUUUUAUGCUAAUGAUCACUGAAUUAUUGGACGUUUCAAUGGAAUUGGGGUGUUUCUUAGCAGGCGCACUCAUUUCUUCUCAAGGCCCUGUGAUUACUGAAGAAAUUAUGUCCUGUAUUGAACCAAUACGUGACUUUCUUGCCAUCAUAUUCUUUGCAUCUAUAGGCCUUCAUGUUUUUCCUACAUUUGUUAUAUAUGAAAUCACAGUCUUGCUGUUCCUUACGCUUUCAGUGGUAAUAAUGAAGUUUUUCCUGGCAGUGCUUGUCCUUUCCAUGAUUCUUCCAAAGAGCAGCCAGUAUAUCAAAUGGAUUGUAUCAGCAGGAUUGGCUCAAGUCAGUGAGUUUUCUUUUGUUCUGGGAAGCAGAGCACGCAGAGCGGGUAUAAUUUCUCGAGAGGUGUACCUCCUUAUCCUGAGCGUGACGACUCUAAGCCUGUUACUUGCACCAGCCCUCUGGAGAGCUGCGCUUAUGAAAUGUGUACCAAGAUCUGAAAAAAGAUUAAUUUCUUGAAGAUAUUUAGUACAACUCUAUCCAUGAAACAAACAGCUUUAUAUUCAUUUCAUUUCUUUGGCAGCAAAUGAAAAAUAUGGUUAUGUUCUUUGGCUCAGAUGUCUUAACGUUUAUUUCAGUUCAUGAAACUCUUUUUCACAAGCAAUGAACAUUCUAAUUUUUAGAGGAUGGAAGGAUAAAAUUUGUGUUAAACUCAUUUUGUAAAACCUGAUUUUUAGAAAAUGUCUAAAAAUUCAGUAAUGGACUAAUGUGCCUUUUUAAUUAUUAUUUUCAGCAGUUGCAGAAGGUUUUAUUAACAUAUAUGGUGCCCAUGGUACUGUUUAAAGAAUUAUAUAAGUUGGUACAUCCAAGUUUAACAUCAGCAUAGAAACGUUUUUAGUGCUGUGUAAACUUGAGUUUUUCCAUUCCAAUAUAAGGUUGGAGACUGUUUUGGCUACGUCCUGAAAAUGAUUUUUUCUAAGUGAUAUUUGCUCUACUUGAUACAUCUCAAAUAAUUGUAAUUAUUUGUAACUUAAAUGUCUCUGAUCAUAUUUGUGUUUUGACAAAUAAGUUCAUUGUGAUCAAAAUGAUUUUUCAGUACAAAUAUAAAAAAAUUACUUGUUUGGAUCAUGCUAAUUGUUCAAAACCAAAAUACCUUAGCAUUAAAAAUAUUUUGGAGGAUUGA